AGAAUAAAAAAAAAAAAAAGGCUUCAAGAUCACUUUCCGUUGAGUGAUUUAGGGAUACUCUAAAUAGUAAUCAUGAUACUUUGAUGUCCACUUUAAUCUUCAGCAGAAUCCCUUUCCCACUAAACUUUGAAAAAGAAACCGUUUUUUUUUUCCUUUUUUUUUUCUCUGAGCUUACCGAGCUACCCAAUGAGAUUCUAAAUCAAAGGUUUUUCAUUUUCGCACAAAUAUUCAAUUUUUAUGAAAAAUAACGUCACCCCAUCCGUUUAUAUGGGGCAAAAGUGAACGAAAUAUUACCGACAAAAAAAAAAAGGUGAGAAAAAAGUGAUAAUUUUUCUCGAGAAAAUAGAAAAUCUGGGUUUGAAGCAAGUGGCGUUAUUAGUAACAUGUCUCUGAUGCGAAGGAGAAGAGGGUCGGAUAUCGAUAAGGAUCAGACUCAGAGUUCGGAACCGAAGGUUCAGGUUAAAGGGGAGAAGAUAGAAGAAGAGGAAGAAGAUGAUAAGAAGAAGAAGGAGAAGGUGACGGUGAAGAAGAGCAAGUGGUCGUGUAUCGAUAGCUGUUGUUGGUUCGUGGGGUGCAUUUGCACGCUGUGGUGGUUUUUGCUGUUUCUGUAUAAGGUGAUGCCAGCUUCGUUUCCUCAGUAUGUGACAGAGGCCAUAACCGGGCCCAUGCCGGACCCGCCGGGCCUUAAACUCAAGAAGGAGGGGCUCACGGUGAAGCACCCGGUGGUUUUUGUGCCCGGGAUCGUCACCGGUGGGCUUGAACUCUGGGAGGGCCAUCAAUGUGCUGAGGGAUUGUUUAGGAAAAGAUUGUGGGGUGGUACCUUUGGAGAUGUCUACAAAAGACCUUCAUGCUGGGUGGAGCACAUGUCACUGGACAAUGAAACAGGAUUGGAUCCACCUGGCAUAAGAAUCAGGCCUGUCUCUGGACUUGUAGCUGCUGAUUACUUUGCUGCAGGAUACUUCGUGUGGGCAGUCCUAAUUGCUAACUUGGCGCGCAUUGGUUAUGAAGAAAAAACUAUGUACAUGGCUGCAUAUGAUUGGAGAAUAUCAUUUCAGAACACUGAGGUGCGGGAUCAAACACUAAGUCGGAUAAAAAGCAACAUAGAACUAAUGGUUGCUACUAAUGGUGGGAAUAAGGCAGUUAUUAUUCCACAUUCAAUGGGUGCCUUGUACUUUCUUCAUUUUAUGAAAUGGGUUGAAGCACCAGCUCCAAUGGGUGGUGGGGGAGGGCCAGAUUGGUGUUCCAAAUAUAUAAAGGCAGUUGUAAACAUUGGUGGACCAUUUUUAGGUGUUCCCAAGGCUAUAUCAGGGCUUUUCUCAGCUGAAGCCAGGGAUAUUGCUGUUGCCAGGGCAAUAGCACCGGGAUUUUUAGAUAAUGAUCUGUUCCGCCUUCAAACCUUGCAACAUGUGAUGAGGAUGACACGCACUUGGGACUCAACGAUGUCAAUGAUACCAAGAGGAGGGGACACUAUAUGGGGUGGUCUUGAUUGGUCACCUGAGGAAGGCUAUAUCCCUAACAAGAAAAAGCAAAGCACUAACAGUACUCAGUUGACAGGCCAAGAGACAAAUAAAACAAAUGUUGCCAAUUAUGGAAGAAUGAUAUCAUUUGGUAGAGAUGUGGCAGAGGCACAUUCCUCUGAGAUUGAGAUGAUUGACUUCAGGGUGAGCAUAUUUUUAACAUUGAAUCUUGAAAUUGCUGAUGCCAUUAAGGGUCACAAUAUUGCAAAUACCUCUUGUCGUGAUGUGUGGACUGAAUACCAUGACAUGGGAGUUGAGGGAGUAAGAGCUGUUGCCGAGCAUAAAGUUUACACAGCUGACUCAAUCAUAGACCUCUUUCAUUUUGUUGCUCCAAAAAUGAUGGCUCGUGGUAGUGCUCAUUUCUCUUAUGGAAUUGCUGACAAUUUGGAUGAUCCAAAAUAUGAACACUACAAAUAUUGGUCAAACCCCUUGGAAACAAAAUUACCAAAUGCUCCUGAUAUGGAAAUCUUCUCUAUGUAUGGAGUAGGCUUACCAACUGAAAGAGCUUAUAUUUACAAGUUAUCUCCCUAUGCUGAGUGCUACAUUCCUUUUGAAAUUGAUAGUACAGCAGAUGGUGGUGAUGAAGAUAGCUGUCUGAAGGGUGGAGUGUACACUGUUGAUGGGGAUGAGACUGUGCCAGUUCUAAGUUCAGGAUUCAUGUGUGCUAAAGCUUGGCGUGGGAAGACAAGAUUCAACCCUUCUGGGAUCCGCACUUACCUUAGAGAAUAUGAUCAUUCUCCUCCAGCAAACUUGCUGGAAGGCCGGGGUACACAAAGUGGUGCUCAUGUUGACAUAAUGGGAAAUUUUGCAUUGAUUGAGGAUGUUAUAAGGGUGGCAGCUGGUGCCAAAGGUGAAGAUCUAGGGGGUGAUACGGUGUAUUCUGAUAUCCUUAAAUGGUCUGAGAAAAUCAAGUUACCUCUGUGAAUGAAGGCACAAUGCACUUACCAGUCCUCCACUUCUCUGAAACCCCCCAAAAGGAUAUAAUAAUACAAUUUUUGGCAGUGUUAUUUCACUGCUACCAAAGCUUUAUAUGAUGCAUCCAGAAUUUCUGGUUCUGCUGAUCAAAUUCUGAUUCAGUGAAGUGAUGAAUUAUGCAAAUUGGUUUAAUUAAAAGAGCAUGUACUGAAGAGGGGGGCUUGGUUAAGUAAAGCUCAGCUGUUUAUGUUGUUGCUGGGGUACAACUUAAAGCAUCAAGUUGUGGUUUCAUUGUAUCAUCAUAUUUUUCCUUAGUACCUUUUCCCCCUGAUACAAGUCAUUCUUUAUUUAAUGACUCCAUAGUCUGUAACCAGAAAAGCUCUGAGAAAAUGGCAACAGGAGUCAACAAUAUGUAUGAAUUAACUUAUUCUAUUUUAAAUUAAAACUUAUAAUCCAAGG